AUGCCCAACCGAACCGAGUCCGAGCCGCGGGAGACGCUGGCGCGCGCGCUGACCGGCUGCCUGCUGUGCGCGCUGAUCCUCUGGACUCUGUUCGGGAACAUCCUGGUGUGCGCCGCCGUGCUGCGCUUCCGCCACCUGCGUGCCAAAGUUACGAACAUCUUCAUCGUGUCGCUGGCCGUGUCGGACCUGUUCGUGGCCGUGCUGGUGAUGCCGUGGAAGGCGGCGGCGGAGGUGGCCGGGUUCUGGCCGUUCGGCGCGUUCUGCGACGUCUGGGUGGCGUUUGACAUCAUGUGCUCCACCGCGUCCAUCCUGAACCUGUGCGUGAUCAGCGUGGACCGCUACUGGGCCAUCAGCAGCCCGUUCCGCUACGAGCGCAAGAUGACCCCGCGCGUGGCCUUCGUGAUGAUCGGCGCGGCGUGGACGCUCUGGACUGGCACAAAGCCGCCGCGGAGCCCAACGCCACCGACGACGACAACUGCGUGCGCGCUGAUCCUCUGGACUCUGUUCGGGAACAUCCUGGUGUGCGCCGCCGUGCUGCGCUUCCGCCACCUGCGUGCCAAAGUUACGAACAUCUUCAUCGUGUCGCUGGCCGUGUCGGACCUGUUCGUGGCCGUGCUGGUGAUGCCGUGGAAGGCGGCGGCGGAGGUGGCCGGGUUCUGGCCGUUCGGCGCGUUCUGCGACGUCUGGGUGGCGUUUGACAUCAUGUGCUCCACCGCGUCCAUCCUGAACCUGUGCGUGAUCAGCGUGGACCGCUACUGGGCCAUCAGCAGCCCGUUCCGCUACGAGCGCAAGAUGACCCCGCGCGUGGCCUUCGUGAUGAUCGGCGCGGCGUGGACGCUGUCCGUGCUCAUCUCGUUCAUCCCGGUGCAGCUGGACUGGCACAAAGCCGCCGCGGAGCCCAACGCCACCGACGACGACAACUGCGACUCGAGCCUGAGCCGCGAGUACGCCAUCUCCUCGUCCCUCAUCAGCUUCUACAUUCCCGUGGCGAUCAUGAUCGUCACCUACACGCGGAUCUACCGGAUCGCGCAGAUCCAGAUCCGGAGGAUCGCGUCGCUGGAGCGCGCGGCGGAGCACGCACAGAGCUGCCGGACGAACCGGCUCGCGUGCCAACACCACAGCAGCCUGAAGACGUCCCUCAACCGCGAGACCAAAGUCCUGAAGACUCUGUCCAUCAUCAUGGGCGUGUUCGUGUGCUGCUGGCUGCCGUUCUUCGUGCUCAACUGCGUGGUUCCGUUCUGCCACAACAAGCCGUCCGCGUCCUGCGUCAGCGACACCACUUUCGACGUGUUCGUGUGGUUCGGCUGGACCAACUCGUCCCUGAACCCUGUGAUCUACGCCUUCAACGCGGAGUUCCGCAAGGGCUUCUCCAGCCUGCUGGGCUGCCGGAACCGCUGCCAGACUCCGGUGGAGACGGUGAACAUCAGCAACGAGCUCGUGUCCUACAACCAGGACACGCUGUUUCACAAGGAGGCGGCGAGCGCCUACGUCAACAUCAUCCCGAACGAGGUGGACGACGCGUUCGACCGGAUCUCGCAGCUUUCGCGGGACAACGAGGACUCGGUGUGCGAGCUGGAGCGCGAGGCGGACGGUGCGUCCACGCCAAACGGCGUCCGCUGACCGGACUGUGCUCGGACCCGCAGUUGUUGUCACAUGACCGUGCUGCUGUUUCACCCGGUGAGUCCCGUUAUCACGCGCAGCUGCUGAAGCUGUGAAAGCACUGCAGCACACCGCCUCCUGACUCUGAAUCCAGCCAAACACUGAAAGACGCCGGUGAUGUUCAUA